AUGGACCCAAAUUAUUUCAGUCAAUGGAUUUCACCGCAGCAGCAGACCCAAAUCUUGACCGAACCGUCGCAGCAGACUCGUCAUGAACGUCCGACAUCGUCCCUUGAAGACUGGUCCAAAGAGCGGACAGCGUCGACAGGGGCGUCGACCUCUGCACCGACUGUAACGACGACAACGGCGCCAGCGACGCUAGAUUUCGCCGAUAUCAUGGGUGACAUUGCCGCCACAGGCUCACCUUCUGCGCUUUCACCACAAUCUGCGGCGUUUUAUCAGUCCUUUCAGAAUUACUUCCAGGCGCCGUUCAAUUCGAUACCUUACGGCUCCACCUGGAAUGCCCAGUCGACGCCGACGGUACCUUUGUCCAAUUACUCCAGUCUCAAUGGCGCAACGAGCGCAGGCCCCUCGUCCUCACCAACUCCCCAGCCAGCAGCCCAGCCCUCCCAGCCGGCACCGCAACAUUCACCUCCACUGCAAGCUCAAUCACCGCCCCAACCGAUGAUUAUCGACCCGGCACUGACAACGCUCAAUGGCGCAGCCACGAACGGCCUUCAACAAUACUCCCAGCCUUCUUUUCAACCUCAGCAAGCACGCACUUCAUACCCAUUCACGCAUCUUUCAUUAUCACUCAGCAACUCCAAUCCAUAUAUGUAUUCACAUUCGUAUCCACAGCAAAUAGCAACAGCAUCUGCACAAGGGACCCUGUCACCCCAGGCCCUACACUCGCCCUCCCAGUUAAUGACGACCAUCGUACCAUCACAAUUCUACGGCAAACCCCAACCGUCAGGAUCUCAGCCCACACCGCCGGCAGCACCCCAACCAGCACCUUCUCAGCCGCCAGGAUCCACCCCACAGGAACGUAAACAGCAAUUCCUCACUUCGAUCAGGCCUCUGUUACAAGCGUCCGCGUUCACCGGAGCCCAGGCCGUUAACACGUUGGCAUCUCGUAUAUCAGAUUACGGUCCUCAGGACGUCGAUGCGGCUACACGUCUCGAGAUACUAACCAAGAUCCGUGACGGUGCAGGUAAUCACUAUUUUCGUGCCUGGUCCGAAAACCCAACAGCAAUGGAUAUCUCUCGCGAGUGGCUCAAGUCCGUACUCGCAACAAAGGACGAUAGUACCUUAGUUGAGACGAUAAUGCCCCUUUUGCAUAUCAUCGAUCGAUUACCGCUAAACAUUGACGCUUUGAAAACGUACAAAUUGGGCAAACUGAUAGUGAAACUGUCGAAGGACCCACCUUCUCCGGCGAUCAAGGAUAUGGCUUCGAACAUCGAACGAAGAUGGCGUCAGAUCGUUGAAGUCGCGAAUGACACGAAAAGCGAGGAACCGAAGACGAAGAAGCGGAAACUGGAAGUACCUGUUAGCAAACCUUCUGCUGCACCCGUGAAAAAGGCCGCAGUGACUUUGGCCCCCGCAAAGACGGUGACGAAGAAGGUGAUGGCGCCUGCGGCGAAGGAUGCCAAGUCGGAUUCAUCCUUUUUCUCUGCACCGAAACCGAAACCGAAGCUGCCAACAUUCAAGAAGGCGCCGGUGGUGAAAAAGGAGCCUGAUGCAAAUGUUUCGCAGCCACUGUCUAUCGACCCGUUCCAGGAGGCUCUCAAGUCGAUGGCAAAGAGUCGGAAAGAGUCUCCCGCUCCUGCCCCUGCUCCGACGCCACCGGCAGCAACGACGGGUAGCCCCCCGCAGGCGGGUCCUAGCAAGCUUGGUAAGAAGAAGAAAUCGGUGUCGUGGGCUCCCGAUAACGACCUUGAGUCGGUACGGUUCAUAGAGAAGGCUGUCUAUGAUGACGAUCCCGUAGAUGGUAUGCAUACUGCACACAGCGCACGGGAAUUGGAAAAGGGUGAGGGAGCUGCACUUCAUCAGCAUGUGUUUGAAGAGACGAUUGACUGGUCUGAACCUCUGUUGAUUGACAUACCGGUCGAUAUCGAAAUACGGGCACGGGGAGAGGCUAGUGAGGAAAGGGCUACACAAGAACAGCGAGAAGAAACAGCGUUGGGUGCGAUGUAUAUGACUACGGCACAUAUUCCCCCAUCUCCAGGCGAACCGGCGAAGCAAAUAGCGGAUGAAGAAGUCGAUAGAGACGUGCAGAUGAUGACGUCGGGACCUGAUGUCGAAGGCAUUUUCUGGAAUAAUGCCGAGGCAGCGCCAUCAAACCUUGGAGUAGCGGACCUUGUUGCGCAAUUGGCGGGCACGAUGGAGACGCCGGCGGCAGUGCGCUUGAAUGGAGAUAUUAAUGUACCUCCUGUUGACGCAUCUGCAUUAUCUACUCUGGGACCGGAGCAGCUACAACAACUUCUGCAACAACUGAAUCCAACACUGUUCGGGAAUGGGAAUGGGAAUUUCGGCGGUGGUGGUGACCAGAAUUGGGCACAGCAGCCGGGGGGAUUUGCCGAAUAUGGGCAGGACGACGCGUCGGACGGCUGGCGAGGCGGAGGAAGAGGGGCGCGUGGAGCAGGACGGGGCCGUGGCCGUGGUCGGGGUGGACGAACUGAGGAUGGGUAUAGACACAAUAAAAGAAAACCAUGCAGUUUCUUUCAGGCAGGAAGGCGAGCAUUGAAUCAACAUAUGUCUAAAAUUGGACGGAGACUGAUCGUUCCGUAA